AAGAACAGCCUGGACUCUCUCAUAUCUUUGCCUCACAUAAUAGCCAGCAGGCAGGAGGGUGUUUUUGUUCUGAAGGAGAAAGGCUUCAGGAUGUUGCUGCUCAAAAGCAGUAGAAGUGGCUUCCUGCUGGGGGAAAUGAUCAAAAAGCCAGACAAGCCCCUUGUUGGACACGGCAGAACUUUCCACUCGAAUGCAUACACAGGUUAAUGCACAUCUAGUGGAGCUGGACGUGCAGAAGACGCUCUUCAGACCUCUUCAAAGUUGCUUAACCAUUGCCGGAGGUGAUUGGAAAAACUGAGUAAUGGUUUGAUUCAACAUGUUUAAUGAAAAGUUUGAAGAUUCAAAUGUCAUGGAUGGGUCACAACCAUAGAAACCAUGCUUCUGAACCUGACCAAUGGGAGCUGCCAAAUCCCCCUGGCAAAUGACCGAGUAGGCUUGACCUACAUCUACAGCCUUGCCUUCUCUAUUGGACUCCCAGCUAACCUGCUGUCCCUCUGGGGCCUGUACCAGCUUGGUCGAUCUGGAGGAGGUGGCUGCCAGCUGGUCUAUAUCCUAAACUUACUGCUUUCAGAUCUUCUCCAGCUGCUCACCUUGCCACUGUGGAUCCUCUACCUGCAGGGAGACCACCGCUGGCCUUACGGGUCUGUGACCUGCCAGCUAGUGGGCUACGUUUUCUACGUUAACCUCUACGCCAGUGUCAUUUUUCUUUGCCUCAUCGCUCUGGACCGCUGUCUAGCGAUCGUGUACCCUCUCAGCAGCCGUGGUGUACGGAAAGUGCGGGUGGCAGCGUUUUCUGGUGUAGUAGUGUGGACUUUGAUAUUUCUCUUCUGCCUGACUGGCCUCUACCCAUCUGUUUUUGAGCCCCAGAGUGAGCUGUGUCUGGAGCAGUACCCUGUGAGCACUAGAUAUGCUUACUUUAAAAUCGCCACAGUCGCUUUAGGGUUUCUGAUGCCUUGCUCUAUACUAGGGUACACCUCAGCCCGGAUUGGGCUGACUCUGCGCAACUCCCCGUCGGUCGCGGAUCACGAACGCCGCAGGAUUGUCGCAACCCUGGUUGUCAUCACUGUCAUCUUCUUUGUCAUUUUUGGUCCCUAUCAUCUGGUGGUCGGCUACAGAUUUGUCACCCUGCUUCUCACGAAAAGUGAAAAAGACCAGUGUUCGGUGGAAGUUUCUCUCUACCUUUACUAUCGAAUCUGCUACGGGCUCACCAGCCUCAAUACACUUCUAGACCCGCUUUUCUAUAUCUUUCUUUGCAACAAUGCUCGCCAAGAGCUUCGCAGAUCACUUCUCUGCCCCUGCCGGGGUCACAGGGUGCACCAGGGAUCACGGGUAACGUCUUUUCCCAAAAGUCAUCUCAGCCGCAGUGCAGAUGUUUAGCUGUGUCAUACAGAUGCUAAUCAGAGUUGGAGUCUUUGUAGGCAUGUGCUGAAAACAAAGUUUUUCACACAUGACGUGAAAGUGUCUUAUCAGGCUAAGAUUUGACAAAUUACCCGUCGCCACUGUGACCAUGUCAGUGAUGUCACUGAGAAUGCUGGUAUGAGACAGUGGCAUGUCCUCUGGAUCACUGUCAGUAGAAACCGCACGUGUCAGAGCUGUGCCUUCAGCAUCUUCAGUCAAAUGUUUAGACUCCCAGACAGCCUAAGGAGAUUCUGCAUUCUCUGUUUUGCUUAAAAUGCUUUAUUAUGUCUGGACUGAAUUCAGAUGCAAUUACACUACCAUUCAAAAGUUUGUGGUUGUUAAGAUUUAUUUCAUUUUUAGAGGAUUUUUAGUGUUUUUAAAAGAAGUCUUUUAUGCUCACCAAAGCUGUAUUUAUUGGAUGAAAAAUACAGUAAAAACAGUAAAAUUGUAAAAUAUUACUAAAAUUUAAAAUAACUGUUGUCUGUUUAAAUAUAUGAAAAAAUGUAAUUUAUUGUUGUCAUGGCAAAGCUGAAUUUUCAGCAUCAUUACUUCAGUUUUCAGUGUCACGUGAUCCCUCAGAAAUAUUCUAAUAUGCUGAUUUGCUGCUGAAGAAACAUUUCUUAUUAUUAUCAAUGUUGUAACGUUUGUGCAAUUUAUUAUUUCUGUGGAAACUGAUGCUUUGUUGUCAGGAAUCUUUGAUUUCUAAAAAGAACAGCAUUUAUUCAAAACAGAAAUAUUUUGUAGCAAUGUAAAAGUUAUUAAUUUGGAAGCUUGUUUCCGCCAUGGGAAAAAACUUUUUAUAUCUCACAAUUCAAACUUUUUUCUCAGAACUGUGAGGUUUAAACUAGGAAUUGUGAGGAGAAGUGUCUGAA